UGUCACAGCAGCUUACAGCGCGUAAACAAACGAACCAACACUUCAUGCGCAGUAUCGCAGCUUCCUGUAACCCCGAAACACACACAAACAAUCGUCCGUGUAAUAACCGACAUCGAGGAUGGGUGGUGGAUGUGUUUGCCUUCACGCGAUGCAUUAAAAUUGCCCGCGACCUUGCGUUUUUUAGUAUUGUUGGUGGGAUUGACGUAUGGACCGGACACCGUGUACCGGAAUCGAAGGUAAGCAGAAAAGCGCACAGAAGGAAUGCGUCGAUAGUGAACGCACGUUUACGUAAACACGUACGCCCCUGCCUGUGGAGUGAAGCCUUUUACGCCUCUGGGCAGGUUGUUUGUUUACAUGGUUUUUACUCUUCGCGAGCAAAACCGGCUACGACGACGCUUAUGUCACACCGUGGUGCUGGUGCUGUGUGUGUGUGUCACGUUGAUUUGAACGGUGUGUGAAAAUAGACUCGCGCUGUGCUAUUAAUAGCGGCGCACAUGGUGAAAUUGUGUUGUGUUGUUGUUGUUCUGCUUGUAGCAGCAGGCAAACGCGUCAAAGCCCACCGAAAAUAAAGCUGUCUAGCUAGAAGUCGACGAAUCGUGUACAGAACGGUUAAUAGGAGAUGCACACUGCAACCUUUUGCUCCGUACCAGAGUCGCGCCCGUGUGAAGGCCAUCUUCUUCUUCGCACCAUCCCCUAAACGCGGCUGCUGAGAUAGUGUAACGGUACACACACGUAAGCGACAUUGUAGUCGUCGUAAGGGCAAGAGUAAAGGGAAAAGCGACCAAAACCUCACCAAACUAACCGCUCGCAAUCGAUGAUGGGCGGUGGAGAGGACGACGAGCAACGAUCGCACGACUGCACCUUGAAACGUACGUGAGAGCCGAUGAUAAGGGUGAAGGUGACAGACACCACCCGCCGCAGCUCAUCCCAUUCAGGCGAAGAAAACAAGUGCCACAUGAAGCGGACGCGGUACAUUCGACAGUGUAAUGGAAGUUUCGGCAUUGGUGUCGUUGCCGUUUCCGCUGUUUCGGCGUCCCAACGAACGUAAGGUGUGCGGCAGGUGGUGCGGUGACGGUGGACUAACAACGGUGGCACAUGGUGGUAGCAGCAGCAACAGCAGCAACAUUAUCUAAAUUCUAACCUCGUCAACUACGGCGACUCUGCAGGCGACUAGACUAAGACAACGUACGUGAAAAAAGAAGGUGGUGACGAUGAUGAUAUAACAACCCCAUUUUUCGGGCAACACAAUGUGCAGAGUGUGAAAAUCGGAACGGUGCUCCAAAAAAUUCGGUUCUGCUGUGCUUCGGAUACGUGUUGGCCCCUCCGGAUUUUAGCGGGUAGUGUACUUUCUGUGUGCCCCCGUCGUGUGUGAGUGCGUGUGUGUGUGGAAGGAUUACAAGCAGAGCUCGCGGUCUGGACAGGCACUCAAGGUAGUUGAAAGGAAAUGUGCGUGCAAGCGGCGCCACUCUAACCUUGAAUUGUUUCUAAAAAGUGAACCAUUAUUUUGAAAUGCGAUUAUUUGGCGUUUAAAUAUUACCGAUCGAGUGUGUGCGCGCGCGCGUGUGUGUGUGGCUCUGGUAGUCUCUGUGUGCGUGUGUUUGUUUGUGUGGAUCUGCGACUUUUGCGGUUACGCUCGUUGCGUAGCAACGCACAAGAAGAGAACGUUAGCAAUGGAUCGCGAUAAAAACGAUACGUCGUCCAAUUCGGGCAUCGCCGGUGGCUUUGCCGGGUGCAUCACACGCUUCAUCUGUCAGCCGCUGGAUGUGCUGAAGAUACGCUUCCAGCUGCAGGUGGAACCACUGAGCGAGCAGCACGUGACCUCGAAGUACCGCACCAUUGCCCAAUCGACCCGGUUGGUGUAUCGCGAGGAAGGGCUGCGCGCCUUCUGGAAGGGCCACAACCCGGCCCAGGUACUGUCGAUCAUCUACGGCGUGGCACAGUUUUCCUCGUACGAACGGUUCAACCAUCUGCUGCGGACCGUCGACACGUUCGAGCGGCAUCAGAGCGGGCGCAACUUUGUGUGCGGUGCGUUGAGCGGUACGUUCGCUACGGUCAUAACGUUGCCGCUGGAUGUGGUCCGCACCCGGCUAAUCUCGCAGGAUCCGGGCAAAGGCUAUCGAAGUUCGGUGCAGGGCCUAAAGCUCAUCUACACGUACGAGGGCGUCCGCGGGCUGUACCGAGGGCUGGGACCGAGCGUACUGCAGAUCGCACCGCUCACCGGUGGCCAGUUUAUGUUCUACAACAUCUUUGGCAGCAUGUUCCGGCAGUAUUUCAACAUCAGCGCCAACGAGACGUUACCGGCGAUCGAGCUGUUCAUCUGCGGUGGGCUGGCAGGGCUGUGCACGAAGCUGCUCGUGUACCCGCUCGACCUGGCCAAGAAGCGGUUACAGAUACAGGGCUUUGCGAAAAGCCGCCAAACGUACGGGCGCCACUUUGUGUGUGAUAACAUGUUCAACUGUCUGUACAACAUUGCCAAGCAGGAGGGCAUGAUCGGGCUGUACAAGGGGCUGUAUCCGGCACUGCUGAAGGCGUGCUUUAUGUCCGCGUUUUACUUUGCAAUCUAUGACGAAAUGGUGCUCAUACUGAAUCACUGAUAGUAGUGGUAGGUGGUCGUGGAGCCUGUCUGUCCCCGCGUGUCCCAAAUGUCCCGGCCGAAAAACGACGACGAGGAAAACGGUGCAAAUUGGACGGAGAAAAACACACCCAUCAUACGCUUGUCUUCCAGACACCAGGUGCUCUUCAGGGAGGGUUUUUACAUCAGUGCAUGGCGGUUUUCUCUUGAAAAAAAAAAACGGGGAGAAGGGACGAAGCUCCAGCGCAAGACGAAGCGUUCCAUAUCACACUUGACGUGCAAACUGAACUGAGAAUAUUAAAUCCUAGUAAGCUUCUUGUCCGUACGGCUUACUUGGAUCGUGUAUUGCGAAAAAAUGUUCCUGUGUUAACGACAAAAACAAAGGCUUAAACCCUCAACGGGGGAAACAACUACUACUGCUAGGAGUUAGGUGAACGCUUUACUGCUGUGUCGAAUAAUGCAAUUUCUGCUUCAUCACGAAAGUAGUUUAGUUUAGCGAUUAAGAAACAGAACACAGCUGCACACGCCGCCCAUAGGACGUACGACGCGCGAUCAGUAGUAGUAGCCGUUUACUCUGUAGCACCCCCCACCCACAUUACUACCCGUGCCCUAAAAUGGAUGGCGGCAGUGACUGCCAGACCACCACCACCAUGAAAAACCACUUAUGUACUUACACUUGUGUUGAAUUACUUUCAAUUGUGGAGAUUGUUUUUUUAGUUCCUAACGUCUGGUGGAGUUGUUAGCAGCGGGCAAAUUAAUGUGACGAUAACCGCAUUGUAUUCAGCGAAGCGGAAGGCAAUGAACUCAGGAAAAUGAUUAAGUUACAGUUAAAGAUAUUUACGGGGGAAGAUUUAACUGGCAACUGCUGCUUCACAAGGUUACGGCCAGCAGCUACUUUUCAACACUGUUUCUUGCAAAAUUGUAGCACACGUUGCGUUUUCUUCGUUUGGGGUACCUGGCACAGCACACACCAUGGCGCAUAGUUAAGGAACGAUCCGUAGAAUUUGCAACGCUCACAAAAGAAAAAUGAAAUUGUAUGCACAUAAUGGACCUUAAAACCGCACAGAACAGCAUAGGACACCCAUCCCCACACGAAAAGCACUGUACAGGAAGAAGGGACCUUGGAUGAAAUUAAGAAUGAAUGUAUAGCGCUUUCUGUGCGCGCGCGCCUAGUAAGAUUGGUGGAAUGAGAAACACGAGAUAUUAGAUAAGUAUUUAACACGUUCACUAGCUUUAACGCUUCCAGCGAGAUACCGAGGACAUACGCGAAUAUUGUAUAAAGCACACACACACACACAUGAGUGAUGCGAAAAAUGUAUGUAUGUAUGUUUAUGAAAUAAUCCGUGCGCAAAACGAGAAUUGAAGUAGGCACAGUGUUGUGGGCCCCGGAUACAGCAGCGGAGAGAGAGAAGGAGAGAGAGAGGGAAAAACGAUCGAUUCGAACGACAAUAAAGGGGUGAAGUUAGUACGGUAUCGUAAGUAUCGAAUGUCUAAAAAGCCUACGCGCCGUAAAACGAUAGUCAAUUGGUUUGCUUACUUGGGUCGAACAGAGCAGAAACCAUUCCUGCGUUGACUCUCUAUCAAUUAAUCGUGCACUCCCGCCACCGGCAAACGGAAACGGACCAGUGGUACAAACGCUGAGCAAGAUGGUAUGCGUGCGUAAAAUUGUGAAGUAAAAGGAGAAAUAAUAAAAAACACAAACUAUAAACAGUAAA